GAUUUUGUGUGUCUGUGUGUCUAUUUCGAUUUCAAGUGUCAUUAUUCGGUGUAUUUAGAUUUUUGUUUGAAUUUUGAGUUCCGAGUUCCAAAGUAUUAUUUUUGACGACAAAAUGUUAAUGUUCAAAAUUUUAUCAUUAAUAGCCACAAUGUUGGCCAUAGUAGAAUCAAAACCAUAUAUGAAUGCAAUUAAUGAAGCUGUUGCAAUGUUAACGGCAAGUGGUCCAAACACUAUUGAUGGUUCAUCAUCAUCAUUGAUGACAAAUCAAUUAGAUUCUGAUCAAUCAUUAAUGAUGCCUGAUUAUCUGCAAUCAUCACCAAGUUAUCAACAAUCUGGUCCGGCACAAGUAUCAGCAGCUGUACAAACAAGACGUACUGUUGAAGUUAAACCAGUAAUGUUUCAAUCCGAUCCGGUUGAACCACAUAUUGUUGAUGUUGAAGCUAGUGUACAACCAGUACAGGUUGUAUUUCGUUCAUCAUCAAGCCCAGUUAUGGUACAACAAGUACAUACACCAGCACAACCAAUUCAUGUUGAACCAACUAAAUCGGAAGAUGAACCACAUCGUGUACAACAUCAAGUUAUGCGACCAGUUAUACAGGAAAUACGUGAAAUUAUUCAACCAUAUCGUCGUGUUUUACAAGAAAUUCGCCCAGUUCUUGAAGAAGUACGUACAGUUGUUGCAAGAUCUGAAGGUGGUAGUAGUAGCAGCGGUGGUAAUGGCGGUAAUAAUGGCGGUAGUGGGAUAACUGUUUCCGGUGGUGGUGGUGGUGGUGAAGGUUCAUAUGGUCCAUCCAGUUUAAAUGCAUUAAUGAUGGAUGAUUCAUCAAGAAAUAAUGGUGGUCUUUAUGCAUCCGGUAGUAAUCGUUCAACAAUAAAAUCAUCAUUCAUUGGUGGUAAUGGUGGCGGUAAUGGUAAUGGUGUUAAAUCAAUGAUGCGUAAAAGUUAUAGCCGUAGAUCUGGUUCAUCAUUAUUUAAACGACCAUCAUCAUCAUCCGCAUCCGCAUCCGUAAAACCAUCAUUAUUGUAUAAAGAUCGUGCACGACGAUCAUAAAAUUUCGACAAGAAAAUUUUUUUUGUAAAUAAUUUCAUUA